AUGGACAGAUUCCGAAAGAACAAUUAUUUGUAUGAAACAACACUUUCCACUAAUAAAUGUCUUCAUAAUUUGAAACAAACCAAAUAUUUCAUCUUACUGCAGUACCCUGAUACAAUUGACAAAGUACACAGGCGAGAAGAAACUUUCGUGUUCCAGUCUCCAUUAAGAAUUUUAAAAUGAUCUUCUUCUGCUCCAUAACAAUCAUGUUCAUUUCCUGAGACAGUGGAAAUCUUGGAGUCUAGUCCUGAUGUCUGUUUCACACACUCAGGCUGUCGGAGCUGUUUUGCCACUGACUGUAGUCUCUCUCUCCUCGUUCAUCUGUCAGGACUGGCGUUCACGUGUGUUGCAGAUGGACAAGCGAAUCACCUGAACCUCUUCAACAACCGUCAGCAAGCCAAGAAGAAGCGAAAGUCUCGCACAGCGUUCACCAACCACCAGAUCUUCGAGCUAGAGAAGCGAUUCCUCUACCAGAAGUAUUUGUCGCCUGCAGACCGGGAUGAAAUCGCUGCUCAACUAGGCCUCAGCAACGCACAGGUCAUCACGUGGUUCCAGAACAGACGCGCUAAGCUGAAACGCGACAUGGAGGAGCUGAAAAAGGAUGUAGAGUCAACCAAGAUACUCACAGCUCACAAGUCCUUCCUAGAAAACGUACAGGACCUCGGUAUCCUAAAGAAAAAAUCCUCUGGACCUUCUGUAAUGGUAUCUGACGAUAAAUGUGUACCAACAUUGGCGGUAGUGUCAGAAAAAUGAUAUAACUAUUAAAAUUUUAUUUCGAAGGCCGAAGCAUAUGAAAUAAAAUUAUCUUUCCUAGACUUGGCUUCGAUUUAUGAACCUGAAUUAACUGACGUUUGUGAUGGAUGAACAGUUGUUUUAAACUUAGAAAAAUCGGAAGUCAAUGUCUAAUGUAAUGCUUCACACCGCUUGUGGCAAAUUUUACCAAGAACUCUAGAGGAAUGAAGUGGAAGCCGAAUAUACCUAACGACGCUUAUUUUGGUUUGGCAACAGCGCCAUGUCUGAGCGCAAGGACAAAAAGUGAUCUUUUAAGCAGUAUUUAAAUUAAAAUGGAUAAGUGAAACCAACUAACGUGUGUAAACUAAUCACUGCAUUUUUCGCAACAAAUAACUUUCGUAGGAAUGUAUUCUGAUUAGCUCCCUUACAAAUUUGGAAAUAAUAACGAGAUGUAAACAGAAAUUAAACACCUAGUUGAUGUUUUGGUAGGAUUUAAACAUUUAAAAAUAAAUUGCGUGACUGUUGUUCUCAUGGUGAUAUGCCCCUGGAGUGGAAUAAACUUCUAUUCAGAAUAUAAGCGACAACAAGCUGUCUCUCUCGAGAGUAACUACGUCUGAUCAGAAACAGGAUUGCUCUUUAUAAUUCACAACAAAAGAAUUUAUGCGGAGAUCUGAUAUUCCCAAUUCUGUGAGCGGAUUGAAAUAUCAAGAACAUUAUGCACUAAUAGACCAAAUUAAAUCAUCCUGAUAAAUCGGUAUUUUGGAAUUAAUUUAUAUCUUUCUAACAGCGAACAAAACGCGAAGUAAUAUGGGUCCAUGCAUGAAUUAAAACAACGGGUUCUCAGUUCUAUGGAAUAUGAAAUAUUCCGAAAAACA